AUGAACCACUACGCCACAAUCGUUGACAAUCCGGACUUUGAUCCCGUCGUGUAUGCUAAGGAGCUCGAUCGUGCUGCAAGAGCCAACGACAAGGAUUUUAUCGUCAAUAUGCUGACCUCAAUCAGCAACGAACAGCGUCAAAUGAUGCGUGACCAAUACAAGACCAAGUACGAAAAGGACGUUACCUCUGCACUAGAAGGCUUAUUGGGUGGAGAUCUUGAGAAGACUAUACUUGCACUUAUGGAUACCCCUCUGGAAUAUGAUGUCAAGCAGCUGAAACAGGCCAUGAAGGGCUCUAGCACGGAUGCAUUGACAUUAGUCGAAAUUUUCUGCUCUCGCACUCCCGACCAACUUGCUGCAAUUCGAAGCUAUUAUGAGGAACAAUAUGGUGUACCGCUGGAGAAGGAUGUGGGUACAGCAGACGUUACAUCUGGAGAGUUCAAAGAUCUCUUCGUAGCGCUUGUCACUGGGAGCAAGGACACCAGCGAUGAAGUCGAUGACCAGCAGGCUAAAGAUGACGCUGCACGACUUUACGGCGAUGGUAAAGCAAUGUUGGUUAGCAAAGGUGCACCAUCAUACUUUUUGAACAUCCUUGCCUCUCAGAAUGAAUAUCAGCUGAGAAAGGUAUUUGAGAAUUUCGCUGAUCUUUCUGGAAUCACAAUCGAGAAGGCAAUCGAAAAUGAAUUCAAAGGUGAUUUGCAAAAAAGCUUUCUCACCAUCGUCAAAGCAGCCACUGACAAGCAGAAAUUUUUUGCCGAACAACUGUACUAUUCCAUGAAGGGUUUGGGAACACGUGAUAAUGACUUGAUCCGUGUGUUGGUCAGUCGCUCAGAAGUUGAUCUUGAUCUUAUCAAGAAUGAGUUCGAGAUGAUGUACAACACUCCACUGAUUGAUAUGAUUAAGGGCGACACUUCAGGGCAAUAUCGCGACGCGUUGCUCGCCCUUAUAACAGGAAAUCGCCGAUACUGA